CUUUCAGUAAUGUUGCUUUCUCAGCUCCUUCUUCUAGUGAGAAACACUCAAGCUUGGUGAAAAGGCAAGAAUGCCCCUGUACAACUGAUGUUCAAAAUGAUUCUUCGUGUUGCCUCAAUGAAUCAGACAUAUUUGAUUGUGAAUAUUGUCGUCCUACAUG